AGGAUCCUGCCUCAAAAUCCUGCCAUGGCUGCAGCGGUGUGGACUGAUCGAGGACGUAGGGCUGUAACUGUUGUGGGGACAGUGACCAGAUCCAGAUCCAGUCAGGCUGCUUUGAAAUCCCAGUAUGACGCACUGGUCAUCGGAGGAGGACAUAAUGGACUGGUGGCAGCUGCCUACCUGCAGAAAGGAGGCCUGAAGACAGCAGUGCUGGAGCGCAGACAUGUGCUGGGAGGAGCAGCCGUGUCAGAGGAAAUCUUCCCUGGUUUUCAUUUCUCCAGAUGUUCAUAUUUGCUCAGUCUAUUGAGACCCCACAUAUACUCAGACCUGGAGCUCAAGAAACAUGGGCUGAAGGUGUAUAUGAGGGACCCCCAUGCUUACACCCCUAUGCUGGAGGAUGGGGUAGGAGGUGCCCCACCAAGGUCUCUUACACUGGGCUCGGAUCUAGCCAUGAACUUGAGGGAGAUUGGAAAGUUCUCACAGAAGGAUGCUAAGGUUUUUCCAGACUUUGUUGCACACCUUGAGAAGCUUGCAGAAGCCAUCCACCCUCUCCUGGAUGCUCCUCCUGUAGACAUUCCUGGUGUUACAUCUGGCUCACUGAGGAAGAGGCUGGCUGCAGCAAAAACUCUUAUGCCUAUCAUUAAAUGUGGUAUGAAGCUUGGCACAAACAUCCCGGACUUUUAUGAGAUUAUAACUGCGCCAAUAAUGAAGAUUCUUAAUCGGUGGUUUGAGUCGGAGCCACUGAGAGCAACACUGGCCACUGAUGCUGUGAUAGGAGCUAUGACCAGUCCAAGUAAUCCUGGCAGUGGGUAUGUUCUCCUGCACCAUGUGAUGGGGGAGGUGGAGAAGGAGAAAGGAGCGUGGGGGUAUGUGGAGGGAGGUAUGGGAGGCGUGUCUCAAGCCAUAGCCAGCUCUGCUCGGUCUCAUGGUGUGGACAUUUUCACUGAGAAGGAUGUGGGCCAGGUCCUGAUUGGUUCAGAUGGUGCUGCUAAAGGGGUGGUGCUAAAAGACGGCACAGAGAUCCACAGCAAUGUUGUUUUAUCAAACGCUACCCCGUACGUUACCUUCAAAAACCUCACACCUCAGACAGCUCUUCCUCCAGAGUUCAUCAAAGCUGUGGAUCAGAUAGACUACACCUCACCUGUUACCAAAAUCAAUGUGGCAGUGGACAAGCUACCAAACUUCCUAGCAAAUCCAACACCAGAUGAUAAACCAGGACCCCACCAUCAGUGCUCUAUCCAUCUCAACUGUGAAAGUGUGGAGGUACUGGAGACUGCGUACAAAGAAGCCAUGAACGGACGACCCUCAACCAGACCCAUGCUGGAGAUGACCAUCCCCUCAGUGUUGGAUCCCACUCUGGCUCCCCCUGGCUGCCACGUGGUGUCACUGUUCACCCAGUUCACCCCGUACCACAUAGAGGGCAGAGAGUGGACUGACCAGGACAGAGAGGCCUAUGCUGACACUGUAUUCGACUGGGUGGAGCAGUAUGCCCCUGGGUUCAAAAAGUCUGUAGUGGGAAGGGACAUCCUGACUCCACCUGACCUGGAGAGGAUCUUCGGCCUCACAGGAGGGAAUAUUUUCCAUGGAUCAAUGUCACUGGACCAGCUCUACUUGGCACGACCAUUACCCUCUCUGUCAGACUACAGAACACCAGUUAAAGGGCUGUAUUUGUGCGGCAGCGGCUGUCAUCCAGGUGGUGGUGUGAUGGGUUCUCCAGGCUGGAACGCGGCACUCAUAGCCAUGGCUGAUCUGAAACGUCGCUGAAAAAUCUCACAACAGCUGAAGAACAAAUUUCAACACUCCCUUCAACUAUUUACCUGAGUGGCUCUUACUCAUUCAUUUCAUGUUGAGCAUCCUGAUUGUGAAGUUAUGUGAAGUACUUAAUGGGGGAUUUAAAAAGUAUAACAUUGAAUUUCAGAGACAAGAAGAGACUAAAUGAAAAACAAUUUUUAAACUUUUUUAGGCUGUCCAUGUCAAAAGUCAGCUGUAAAGAAUAAAAUAUUACUGUUGAUAAUGAACAUUAGUCAUAGCUGUUGUGGUGCUACAUAUGAAGUCAUUAAACUGAGUCAGCAGAGAACAACUGAUACCAAACAAUCAUAAUGUUUAAGCCAAAUGUCUUUUAAAUAAUAUCUCAUCCUUUUCUUAAUGACGUAAACAAAAACUGUAAAGAAUGAAAUAAUGCACAGUGUGCCUUUUUACAAUUUUGUAUGAAUAAACUUGAAUGCA